AAAAAAAAAAUAAGCACCCUUGCGUUAAAUCGGCAAUAAAUCCAUAUAAUUUCAAUUGAAUUUUAGAAAAAUAUGUCACACAGAUUUACCCUAAACGAUAACAAUUCCGAAAAGGUAAUUCGCCCCUCUGUCUCCUCAUAUGCCACCCGUAUCGAAGAACGUCCCACUAGACUCCACGAAUGGCUUCGAAGUGAAGAAAUCGAAAAACUACAUAAAAUUUUUCGCGAUCAUCCACAACAAGAACUCAAUAACAAAGAACUUCGAGCAGCUCUUAAAAGCUUCAACAUAUUAUUCACCGACGAUGAAUUUAAUCGGUUAUUUUUGAAAAUCAAUCAAAACAAAGACUACAAAUGCGAUUGGGACGAAUUUGUAUCACAUUUGAUAUUUGGCUUUCAAGAUGAUGAUCCGAAUAGUGAGAAAGAAACAUUGAUUUUACCAAUUUCUGGAUUGCCAUUGAUAAAAAAAUCCGAACACCGUACUCCGAUUGUUUCAAUAAGUCAUCUAAAGACUCUUGAAAAGGGAGAUGAACAAAUAGAAUCAAAAGGUAUGUAUUUGACAGCAAGUAAAGAAGGUACACUCAGAUUUUGGUCCUCCGAGCUGGAUCCGAUUCGUAGUGGAAUAUCAGAAAGUUACUUCCUUAAAAUGCCCACUUGGAUUUUGGCCAUACAAGCCUUAUCCGAUGUUGCCAUCAUUUGUACCUCUUCCACCGAAAGGGAAUUACGUUUUCACGAAACCAUGGCUUCAAACUUCAGUCUCCGAAUUGUUAUUCGAAGCAUGCCUUUUGCCGUCUACUGUAUGGCCUAUAGAUAUGAUAAAAAUGGAGUCCGUAUGUCAAAAUUAAUUCUUGGGGACAGUGGAGGAAAUGUUAGGGUACUAGAGUUUUCACCAAUUUUACGAGGUCCAUUUCAAAGUAAACCUGGAACAGCACUUGUCGAACUAUUUUGGUCAGAUGUGUUGAAUGGAAAAUAUCCCACCUUUAAACCAAGAGAAUUUAUUAACAUUCACUUGGAGUUGAUACAAAAAGUUUACUUUUCCUUUAAAAUGAACAUUCUCUUAGUUGCUGCAGAGUAUAGGAAUACAAAGAAAUAUAGAGGUCGCUGUCCAGGGACAAUAGCAGUCGACUGGAAGGAUUCAAGUCAAACUAUUUUUCGAAUACCGUUGGGAGUAUCAGCGUUUUAUCUCGAUGAAACGAAUAGAAUUCUAGCAACUGGUGGUCCCGAUACAUAUCUUCGCAUCUGGGACCCUUAUAUUCCCUCUAAGCCCUCGGCGAUUUUAACCGGUCAUCAUGGUGGUAUUAUUUUCGUUUUUAUCCAACCACUUGAGAAGAAAGUUUACAGCGUCGAUUAUUUGAAGACAAUUAAAGUUUGGCAUCUUACCGAACAUAAUUUGCUUCAGACCUUCAGUGAUCUUACUCAAAUGAUCUCAAAAACUGAAACCGAAAUCGCCUAUUACUAUGACAAACUAUCCCGAAAUUUGCUUAUUGGAGGGCGAAAAAUCAUAGUUCUUCGGUGUUGCCCUCGCCUUCGAAUGGAUCUAACCGAUGGCAAUACGCAUGCUGCAACAGUCUCAGUAAUUUUGUACAAUAAGCUCUUCAGGAAUAUUGUGACAUGCGGUCUAGACAGCUAUAUCAUUGUUUGGGACCCAUGGACAGGUCGUAGACAGAUUAUGAUCAAGAAUUGUCAUACACAAAUGAUUUACGGCGAAUUGACGGAUAUUGAAAUAACUGCAGCAUGUUUUGAUCCGCUCGAGCAGUAUUUGUUAACUGGGGCUCGCGAUGGAUCUUUGAAAAUUUGGAACUAUAACAAUGCAGUUUGUGUGAGAAAUAUGAGCAUUACACUGGGUCAUGAAAUCACAGCGGUUUCAUGGAUUGUAGAUCGAAUAUUCGCUGUUGGCUGGGAUCGUCAUGUGACUGAAUUCGCCGAUGUUGAGGGUAAAGAGUAUAGUGAUCCGAAAAAAUGGCUCAAGUUUCAUGAUGAUGAUAUAACUUGUGCUGAUGUUAAGCUAGGUGAAGGUUUAGUGACAGGAACAUAUUCUGGAGAGUUGAUAUUUUGGAAAUUAGAAACUGGACAGCCAUAUCGACGUUAUAAUGUACAAAAUCCUAAAAAGUUUGUUGAGCUCAUCUAUAAAAAAGAAGAAGAUAUUAAGGAGGAUAAGUCUGAACAAGUUUCUCAGAUUCGGUUAUCUCGUCUUAUUCGAAAGUCAAUAUCCAUGCAAACUAGAACAUUUCAAUUUGAUUGUCCAGAUGAUGACUUAGAUCUAAAUGAUCGAAGUGCGCCAUCAGAAGCUAAAACUACGCUUUCACUUUCGGUUCAAGCUUUAUUGUUCCUACAAUCAAGACAGAUGAGUAAAGUUCAUGGAAGUCUUUUGGUGGCUUUGGAUAGUGGAACAAUUCAAGUUUAUUCACAUCAUCAAGGUGGAGGUUAUUUGAGUGAAUUUAAUGCUGUUCAUAAGUCUGGAGAUUGUAUUUUAGCAAUGGCUACAGAUAAGAAAAACCGUUACUUAUUUACAGGAAGUGCAUUUGGAUAUGUAAAAGUUUGGUUGAUUCAAAAUUAUUGUAUUCCAAAACAAGAAAAAACUCACGUUAGCAUGCCGAAAUUGCGAUUGCAAUUCAUAUUUUUGCGCAAGGAACGUUUUGCUCCAAGACCCAAAAGGAUAGUUCGCCAUCAACCUGAACCGAUGUUAGUCAGUUCGUAUAAGGCACAUGUAAGAGCAAUAACUUCUCUGGUGUAUGUUAAUCAAGCAAAGAUUAUACUAUCAGGAAGUCAUGAUUUCUCAUGCAGAUUAUGGUCUUUAGGAGGACGAUAUCUUGGCACAUUGGGAAGUCCAUUGCCUUGGUUGCAUUUGUCACCGUUAGAUCCUGUCGACGAAAAUCAAACAUAUCGCCUGCCUCCGGAUAUUCAAAAAGUUGCAAGUUCCACAACAUUAAAGGUUCUAAGUGGAGUCUAUGUGGAUUGUAUAAAACAGUACCAAGAGACGUCUAAAAUGGAAGAUAAAUACAAUGACAAAGAUGAAGUGGAAGAUAUUAAAGGACAAAUGUAUGGAAAGUCAUUGCGACAUCCAAUAUUGGGAAAUCAUUUCAAAUUGCCAGGAAAAUCCACCGUCGUUCAACCGCCAAUUUUGGAUUCAUCGUUGUCCUACAUUCCGGUGUAUUCACAUUUACAAAUUCAUGAUACAAUUCCAAUUGAACGACCACCAACGCCGGAGGCAUUGAAAAAGACAAAAGAAUUGCAAUUUAUGGAGUUUUUCGAAGGAGAAAAGAAGUAGUUAUUUGUUGCAAUGUCUUUUGUAAAAAAAGUACGUAUACGCCCGAGUGGACAAAAUUGUUUAAAAGGAAUUUUAUAUUUUUUUAUUAUUGAAAUAUAUUUAGUGAUGACCUUUGGGAUGCUGUUAAAACUACCGUUAAAAACAAACAUAAAUUUGAUAGUGCAUUGCAGUCUUAACUAAAUAUUAA